UUUUGCAGUCGGAAUUACACCCAAAUCCCAUCAAAUCAGGGGAAAGCUAUGACAGAUCUUAUGGUUCCGAGCAAGAGACCCCGAGCCCCUAGCUUCUCCGACAAGCAUCCUGAGAUCCACCCCUCCGCCGCCGCCGUUUCGGAUUGGUUCCCUAAUCAGAAUGUACAGAUCAUGGUCAGCCAUGAUCUGGUUCGGGUCGGAAACUUUCUUGACCUUUGUCGUUUCUGCAAGAAGAGCCUCCGUCACAACGAGGACGUUUUCAUGUACGGCUACUUGGGGGCAUUCUGUUCUAAAGAAUGCAGAGCAAAACAGAUGGCAUGCGACAUCUAUUUGGAAUUGCCUCGACGGAAAGCUAACCCUAAGAAGGGAAGAACCUCCAAAGAUGAUAUAGCCUUGGACACAGCAAUAUCGUCGUCAUCACGCUUUUUUAUAUGAAGUCAUUGACGAAUGUGUGGUUCAGUAGUGUAGAUGGAUUGGAUGUUGAGUGCAGCCCCAUUCUCUCGUGUGUUUUUUUUUUUCAGGGGGGAAUUAAUUGGCGGCUUGCCUCUCACUCUCCUAGCUAGUUGCUAUCGGCAUUACUAUUACAUCUGUCGAUCAACUUUUUUCUUUUCUUUUUUUUAUUGAUUUUAGCAUCUUUUUAUAAGUGUUUUAAACAAACAAAACCAACUGAUCAUGGUGAUCUGAUGAUGUACAAUACAAGGGUGUUUCCUUCAAUUAGCUAGGUGAUAUUUUAA